UUUUUUUUCAUGAGAAUCAGAAUCAGAAAAAGAAACACAUUCUAGAACGUUGGUGCUCUACUAAGAAACGGAUGGAGUGCGCAGAGAGGUAGCCAGAUUUGCUAAAAAAAUUAAUAAAAAAUAGGGAGUAAAUAAUUACUCCGUAAUAAAGAGCAAAAUUCUUGAAACCAGAAUUGGGGUGGAAAUCUGGGCAUAGAAGCCCCCGGUCGGCCGUAGUGGUGAGAGUGGUCCCCACUGCCCGAUCGGGAAGUUCAUCUCUUUAAGCCCAACACAGGUCUACUCAAUUUCCCGAACAUGGGUUUCAAAAUUAUAUAAUACUUGCUCUCACUUUUUCAGUAGAGUUUUGUCUGUGAGCAGGGCUUUCUCCGGCAGAUCCCUUUUCUGUUGAUUUGAUUCUAGGGAGAGGAAAUGAGGGAAAUGAUUCAUUGUUGGAAGGUUGUCUUCAACUUGGUGCUUUUGCUAAGUGUUUUUACAACACCAAAGGCAUCUUACACAGAAGAUUCUUUUGAGCAGUGUGAACACACAGUCAAAAACUGGGCAUCUUCUUCCCUUGAAUCAGAAGUCAACAAAGAAAAUCAUCUGUUGAGGGACUUGCUAUUUUUCCUUCACGUACCCAGGACAGGAGGAAGGACUUAUUUUAACUGUUUCCUCAAAAAGCUAUAUGCUAACUCUUUGGAGUGUCCACGCUCCUAUGAUAAGUUAAGGUUUGAUCCCAGAAAGACAAACUGCCGAUUGUUGGCUACUCAUGAUGACUACAGCGUGAUGUCUAAACUUCCUAAGGAUAGAACUUCUGUGGUGACAAUUAUUAGGAACCCAAUUGACCGUAUCUUCAGUGCUUAUGAAUUUUCAGUGGAGGUAGCAGCCAGGUUCUUGGUGCAUCCUAACUUAACAUCUGCCACCAGAAUGUCAGGAAGGGUUCGUUCAAGUAGAAAGGGAGUAAGCACCCUAGAUAUCUGGCCAUGGAAGUAUUUGGUUCCAUGGAUAAGAGAAGACCUAUUUGCUCGAAGAGAAGCUAGAGCACGUAGAGGUGAAAAAGUUAUGUAUGGAAAUGAUCCAUACGAUAUGGAAGAUAUAGUGAUGCCAUUACACAAGUUUAUUAAUGACCCUAUAGCUCAGGAUAUCGUUCAGAAUGGGGCCACAUUUCAGGUUGCAGGACUCACAAACAACUCUUAUAUGGCAGUGUCUCAUCAUGUGCGCCAUUGUGUACUCAAGUAUCAUACUCUUGGUCAGUAUGCACUCGAAGUUGCGAAGAAGAGGUUGGAUGGAAUGUUGUAUGUUGGGAUCACUGAGAACCACAAAGAGUCUGCCUCCAUGUUUGCAAAUGUGGUUGGUACUCAGGUGAUUUCCCAGUUAACUCCCUCAAGGUUAGGCAAAAGCACUUCCGAAUCUACUAACAACAAUUCAGAACAAAUAAAUCUAUCUGAAGAUUCUGGUCCGGAUGCAGAGAUGACUGCAGAAAAGCUCAUCAAUGCGUAUGAGGCCUGUGUGAAGAGCUUACGCUCAUCUCAGUCAGAAAGAAGAACAAAGUCACUGAUGAAAAUAUAUCCUGCAAAUUUCACAAAAGAGGCUCGCCGUCGUAUUCCUGCACAACUCAUCCAAGAGAUAAGUUCACUCAACAACCUUGAUAUGGAACUCUAUGAAUAUGCACAAGUGAUCUUUGAAAGGCAAAACAUACCCGGAGUGCAGAGAGCAUCUUGGAGAUUACUUCAUUUUGCAGUAUUCCCAUUUGUGUUUCUGUCUCUUAGUUUUCAUCUUUGUAAACGCAAAACGAAAAAACUUAAAGGUUAAAGACAAGACAUAGAAAAAAAAGGAAACAUAUACAUAUACUAUAGAAGAAGAAUUAGUUCAGAAUACAGACAUUAUUGAAGAACUUCUGUCCGUAAACCUGCCAUGGCAAUAG